UUGUUAUUAUUUUUCAAACCAUUUUCACGCCACCCUAUCAAUAUUGAGUGGCCUACUCUUCGCGUCACGUGUUAUACGAUCCGCUCUGAAGCAGUCAAACGGAAGUCGGCGCCUGUUGGUUUUCGCUCAAUAAAUUUUGAGUUUUGCUAGGUCAGAGCCGACAACUGGACAGGAAUGUUCGCAAUUAAACUCUCACAUUUGUUUGGGUAAAAUUUCGCACAAAUUCACCAUACUUCCCUUGGGAUCAACGAUCAGGCAUACAUAUCUAUAUCUAAAUGAUGUAUAUACAUAUGUAUAUGUAGGUCUGUAUACAUACUGUAAUGUAAACAUAUGUAUAUAUGGUAAAAUGUAAAUCUUUAUGCAUUCGGAUAUGUAGGUAUACAUUUUCCUACGCAUAUACAUAUACACACGCGUAUCACCCACGACAGAGUCCAGCAAAGGCACACAUGUGGAUAGUUGCUCAUUGCGCUUAUCCCAGAUUCUACGAGAUAUACGUACAUACAUAUGCUGUGUGAUAUAUACCCGACAGUUUGAAAGCGUUGUUCAAAGAGUACACUCGUCAAUUUGUUGCAUCGACGUAAAGCGGACGCAGCGUUUUUAAGCGAAUUUGUUUCAUUAAAAUUGUGACACUUACGAUAAAUAGUUAAAUACAAAAAUGCAUUUUGGACGAUGGAAUACAAAAAACUUGGUCAUCGGCAGUGCUGUUCUAUUAGUAUUGUAUGUUUUGAAUGCGAAUCGGCCGAGGAAAUUCGAAAUCGAUACGACUAUCUAUAAUGUUAAGCCGGUGGAGGUGUGGGAAUAUAUGUCAGAUUUCAGAAAAAUGCGCACGUUGAACCCGUCAGUUGUGAGCUUCAAAAUUAUCGCCGACAGUGGACACGCUCAUGAUUGGCGUUAUACCGUUGAAUACUGGGAGCGUAUAUCGCAUUGGCCGCAUUUUUUUAGUAGAGCGACAGCAGAUUAUAUUGUUAAGAAGACAAUGCCCGGAGAGAAAGACCCAACAUAUACGAUUGAGUCAAGGCAUUCAACAUGCUUCUUUAAAGGCAUCUAUUGUGUGACCUCCACAAGCGAAUUUAAAUGUCGUGCUAAGGGCCGGGACACCUAUUGCGAGGAAGACAUAGUAUAUCAGUGCCCGCCAUUCCUGGGUACCGUUUGUCGUCGUGAGUUGGAACAUCAGCGCAAAACAGUUAUGAAAAAUUUAACUGCAAUCUUUAGUAAUACAGGAUAAUAUUCAUAACAACGCAUUUAAUUCAUUUAUAUACUUCAUUUAUUUCAAUCACUUUAAUUCUUCUCUUUUUUUGGCUAAAUAUUAAAAUUUUUUAACAUUGAUUUUAAUUUACACUCUCGUGUGUAAAUAUAUAUGUAUAAUAUUAUUAAACACUAGAACGAAACUAAUGUAAAUGUAUUUAGUUUUUUCUUGUUUUUUGUAUAUGCAUACAUUCAAUGGCGUUCAAUGGCCGAUGCGAAAUAGUUGUACCCAGCAGUUUUAUGUAUGAGGUGCAGACAUUUCACAUAGCUUACAUUAAAUGUCUAUACUUUGAACUAA